AUGGGGAUCACGCGGGUGGAGUCCGGGCCCGACCCCCCAGUCCGCGCUCGGUCGCGCUCGCAGUACAGCCGCCUCAACUCCUCCAGCCAGACCAACAGCCUCAAGGAUCUGCUGCAGAGCAAGAUCGACGACCUGGAGCGGCAGGUGCUGUCGCGGGUGAACACGCUGGAGGAGGGCAAGGGGGGCCCCAGGAACGACACGGAGGAGCGGGCCAAGAUCGAGAGCGCCCUGACCUCCCUGCACCAGCGCAUCAGCGAGCUGGAGAAGGGUCAGAAGGACAACCGUCCUGGUGACAAGUUCCAGCUCACCUUCCCGCUGCGCACCAACUACAUGUACGCCAAGGUGCGGAAGAGCCUGCCCGAGAUGUAUGCCUUCACCGUGUGCAUGUGGCUCAAGUCCAGCGCGGCGCCCGGCGUGGGUACCCCCUUCUCCUACGCCGUGCCCGGCCAGGCCAACGAGCUGGUCCUCAUCGAGUGGGGCAACAACCCCAUGGAGAUCCUCAUCAAUGACAAGGUGGCCAAGCUGCCCUUUGUCAUCAACGACGGGAAGUGGCACCACAUCUGCAUCACCUGGACCACCCGGGACGGGGUGUGGGAGGCCUACCAGGACGGCACCCAGGGCGGCAGCGGCGAGAACCUGGCCCCCUACCACCCCAUCAAGCCGCAGGGCGUGCUGGUGCUGGGCCAGGAGCAGGAUGCUCUGGGAGGAGGGUUCGAUGCCACCCAAGCAUUUGUGGGCGAGCUGGCCCACUUCAACAUCUGGGACCGCAAGCUGACCCCCGGUGAGGUGUACAACCUGGCCACCUGCAGCACCAAGGCGCUCUCCGGCAACGUCAUCGCCUGGGCCGAGUCCCAGAUCGACAUCUACGGUGGAGCCACCAAGUGGACAUUCGAGGCCUGUCGCCAGAUCAACUGAGGGCCCAGGGCCAGGGCCCGGCCCCACGCCCACCCCCCCCUGAGCAGCACCACCCGCCGCGUCUCUUCUCUCCCUUUCCCCCAGGAAUGAAGCAAGGCCACGGCCCCUGCACCUGCACACAGCCUGGUUUUGUCCUCCUGCCCAUGAAGCAGUCCCGGCUCUGCACCAUCCCUGAGGGCACCCUGCUUCUCCCUGGGAGCCCUGACUGUUUCCCAGGCAUGCUCUAGUCACCGCGAAAGCAGGUGCAUGGACUCUGGACUAGACAGAGUAGGUGAGAGGGCGUGUGUGUGUGUGUGUGUGUGUGUGUGCGCGCGCGCGCGCGUGCCUGCCUGCCUGCGAGCCUGUGACUGGAGGAUCAGCUUUUUCUUUAGAGUGAGCUGUGUGUCUCCUCCUUCCUUUGUGGGCUUGGGAAACCCCACCAUGGGUCGGAAGUCUCUGUCUGCCAGCUUUGCUGGCUGCCCGGGGCUGUGCCGCGUCUCCCACGCACCUGUUCGUCUUGCCAGCCUCUUGGAGCACCAUGGUUCUCUUUGACAUAAUAAAUGUCUCUUGGUGGUUUAAGGCUGGGGAGGGGGAGGGGGUGUCCAUGGGAAGUUUGUAUCUGAUGAAGGGCAGUACGGACUGGGGAGCAACCCCCCCCUCCGCAUGCCUCCCCAUUUGCUCCAUCCCAGAGCCUCGCCCCUGGCCUUCCUGCCUCCCGGAAGGCAGGGAUGCAGCAUUCCUUUCAGUCGCAGAGCUACACCCCUUCAGCUUCCAUGGCUCUGAGCGAGGAGGGUUCCAGCACAGCCCUGGGAUGCCCGGCCCUGGCCCCCUUCCUCCCUCUUGUCUAACCAGAGAAUAAAUGGGGAGCCUGGGACGACAGAGGCACAGCCGGACCCGGGGAGCCCCUCCGAGGCUAGGGGGCCGAAGCCCUCCGAGACGUGGCUGGCUUGGGACUUCCCGGGGGGUGGGAGGCUGAGCUCCCGCGUGGGCCCAGCCUGGCUGGGACAGGCCCUGCAACCCUGCUCUCCACACCGGCCUUCCGCAGCCCCAGCCAGCCACCAACUCAGGCCUGGAGGGGAGGGGUGUGUGUGUGUGUGCGCGCGUGCGUGUGCAAGCCUGUGAGUGUGAGAGAGAACACUCAGAGGUUGUGCCGAGGGUAAGGAGAGGCUCCUGCUUUGUCCCUCCAUCUGGCGGGCACAAGCCCAAGAGCACUCUGGACUCUUGUCUCCAGAAGUCGAACUAGCGAAAGGCUGGCAGAGCCUUUCUGGCAAUCCUCGGCGCUGCCCGGCUGGUCUGCAGCCGCAGCGCUUGGAGGGGGCAGGUGUCCGGUGCCCACUGCUGCUCCCGGGGCACCUGUCUCCUUCCGCCCGGGCCCCUGUCCUGUGGGAACCUAGUGCAUCCGUGUGUCUGUGUCAGUGUGUCUGUCGCCGUACUCGUGGUGUCUGCACGGUACCGGGGCCCGUUCCGCAGCGCUUCCCUCGCGCGGGUGUGCGGAGCGCCUGCCGCAGCCUCGGUGUUUCUCAGUGGCUUUUCUUAGAUAUUCGUGCUUCCUCCGUGCCCAUCGGGUUGUGGCAUCCUUGGGCCUGCGGGAUCUUCUCUGUGUGUUUGCAUGUUCCUCGGGGUGGCGUGUUCCUCGCUCCCUGGUCCGGUGUGUGUUCCCCUGCCUGCAUGGACUUCUCCGGUUCUGUGUUGUGUGCUGAGUGCCACCAGUGUUCCGUGACCACCCAUGUAGCUGCCACAAAAUGGCUGGGUAAGCAAGCCAGGGGUGUCGAAGGAGGCGUAGAGCCACGUUCCUCUCCUCCUCCUCCUCCCCACUACACCCCAAACACAACAAGAAGCAUUUCUAUCAGGUGGGUUGAGAACAAGCAGAACGAUACUCUUGGUUGGGAGAGAGGGAGAAAGAGAGAGAGCAAGCUUGGAAUCACCUUUCCAGACCAGAUUGAUUCCCCCCCCCCCUCACUCCAGCUGUCUGGAGGCUGCUGCCAGGCAAGGCCCAGAGCCGCCGUGCCCAGGGCCGGCCCCUGCUACCAGCCCCGGCCCCUGCCAAUACGACCGCAGUCCACCUCGGUUCAGAUGGGCCAGGUGGGGGCUGUCGGUUCAGGACCACAAGCCAUCCUCUGCCCUAGCUAGAGGGCAGAGCACACCCCAAUGCUUAUGCCUACGUCCCCUCCCUCCCCAUCCCCUCUCCCGAGGAGCCCACGGUGCCAGGGACCGAAGCUGAGAUUUAGCUCCCGCCCCGCCCCCCACUGGAGUCUGUGCCGAGCCCCCCUCCAUCACUGUGCUCACUUGGCACUUGGCUGGUCCCGAGAAAGGUAGAUGACACGGCUGAAAACCCCAUCCACACAGUUCCCAGCGACUCCGUAAUCUGAUUGACGCUCCCUCUUGCACUGAAUAAUACAUGCCUCUCUCAGGUAAGCCAUUUUAUAAAAUAAGAAGAUAAAAAGCACUGUCGAGACAGUGUUUGCUUUUGCCAAGCUGGCGUCCGACCGCUCC